UCACAUCAUCGUACAGAAAAGAAAGUCAAAAGUGGAAUAAAUAUAAUUAAACAGAUUAACUGCUACAAUGAAGACAACCAUUGCUUUUAUAUUGUUCUACGUUGCUGUCUUGUCUGUUAAUGCUGCACCAGCCAUCAAUAGCAAUAACGAAGGCCAAGAAAAUGCACUUAUUGUCAAUGAUGCUGUAGAAAAGAACCAAGCUAACGACGAGGAACAAUUACCCAACGACGAAAUUGAAGAAGAAGAUUAUCCUGAAGAGGAGGAUGCAGAGGAAGAAGAUGACGAAGAUGGAGAAUUAAAAGUAAAUGAUCCUUAUCAAGUCCGCUCUUAUCGUAGAUACGGACGAUAUGGUGGAAGUUAUGGUAGGUAUACUGGCGGAUAUACCGGUCGGUACAUUGGAAGUCGAUACAGUGGUCGAUAUUCCCGAAUUGGGUCAAGAUACGGUUCCUAUGGUCGAUUAAGCCGAUUCAGAUCAUACCGACCAUCGUAUGGUUCGUCUUACCGUCGAUAUACGACUGGACGAUACAAUCGAUACAGUCGAUAUGGAAGCCGUGGUCGUUACAACCGCUAUGGAAGCUCGUAUAGACGCUACACUCCUCGAUACAGAUCUUAUCGUCGCUAUACCACUGGUCGAUAUGAAACCAAAUAUUAGAGUCGAAAUUAAGUUUUAUACGAAUUUGGUGUA